UUGACACAUAACAAUUUACUUGGUACCUUGUUACACCAAGUAUACCAUUUGUAUUUGUAGAAAAAUUUCCAACUAGUACUCUCCCAACCUUGAUCUUCCCGUCACCGUUCGUCAACAACCCGACAUAGUGAGAAACGCGCUGCAUUUAAAAUGGUUUAUGAAUUUUUUAAUGCCAAUCCUGUGGUUUACAAAAAGAAAGAGCGCCAGGUCCGCGGUGCUCCAAGUGAUACUGAUGAAUCUGCUGUCGAACCAAUUGAUCACCUAGAAGUUUUUGAUCAUCUUAGAAAUAUAAAAGAUCCAGAGCACCAUUAUUCUUUGGAAGAGCUCAGAGUAAUAUCAGAAGAUGCUAUUGAAGUGGAAGAUCAUUGUAGUUUUGUAAGGGUCACAUUUACUCCCACAGUUAAUUCAUGUGGUAUGGCACUCGUAAUUGCUCUUUGCUUGCGCAUGAAACUCAUGAGAAGUCUGCCUUCUCGUUACAAGGUGGAUAUUAGGGUUGCACCCGGAUCCCAUUCAGAUGAAGCCAUAGCCAUGAAUAAUAGAUGAAGUUAUGCUCAAAUGGCAUUGUCUCUUAAAAUGCUAUGGGGCACUAAUCUACAAGCAAUGGGCUCAUCCUUUCAUAAACUUCUUGUCUGUGGGGAAAAAUGAGAAGUCAGUCUUACAUCCUGUCUCGUCUUUUGUAAAUGAUAUAAUUUUGAAAAUCGAUUUUGCAAAAUCUUCUGGUAGGAUUGGUUCUGAAUCAUAUGCUUUAGUGCAGCAGCAAUGUGUUUCACUUGUUUGUUUGGUUUUUAGUGUCCAUCACUAUAAAGAAGAUAGUUAUGAAUUUUGACAGUUGUUUAUGUUGGUUUUUUUACUGUA